AGAAACUCUUCCAAUAGCGACUGAUGCCCAAUACCGUAGGCGAGAACGAUUAGGUUCACCUACGAGAUGAUGAAACGAACGUUCAGACUCGAUACGUUCAGAUCCACUUCUCUGACGAUGGACGAUGAGUACCCUCUUGGGUAAAAAUCAUCCAUCCUUUGUCCCCCGCCUGACGUCACGAGAGGGCGUCGAAAGAUGCAGGACCUCGUCCACCGUUCGCCUUCUUCCGCAGUCAAAAAUGGGACAAGAACGAGGUCCCACAUCCUUCGAUGCCUUCCCGGGAAAUUUUCGACUAGUGACGCCAGGUGCAGGUGACAGUGGAUAUGACGUGUCGUUCAGUUAGCCAGAACUGCCAGAUGCAGGGUCGUAAGUCCAUCCAACUGUCGAGUCUGCUUUUGCUUCCAUCACGAUUAAGACCGAGCAGCGAGAAGAUUUUCUCCUUUUUCUUUGUAUUCUGCCAGUCCCAAUGCGACGUAUUUCGUGACCCUGGGUGACCUCGACCUCUCCCGAGACGACGAAAGCCAAUCGAUCCAGAUCCCUUCUCGGGGGAUCAUCCACCCAAAUUACAAUCCCGUCUCCGGGGACAACGACGUCGCCCUGCUCAAGUUGGAAGAUCCCGUGAACUUCAAGGAGCAUCCCAACAUCAUUCCCAUCUGCCUUUCCGCCUCUGCGGUUCCCGAAGCGGGCGACACCGCCCAGAUCGCCGGAUGGGGCACCACCGCUCAGGGAGGAGGCGCGGUGCUGACGAUGAGGGAGGCGACAGUGUCCGUGGUCGACGAGGCAGCGUGCUUCGAUGAUUACCUUCCCGUCUCCGCUCAGAUCAAGAGAAACAUCACCAAGAACAUGUUCUGUGCCUCCGCACCCGGAAAGGAUGCUUGCCAGGGUGAUUCCGGAGGACCGAUAAUGCAAAAGACGCCAUCGGGCUACUACGUGGACAUUGGAAUCGUGUCGUGGGGGAUGGGCUGCGCCCAGGUCAAUUACCCGGGAGUCUACGUAAAAACUGCCAAUUACGUGAAUGGCUUUCUCAAGGACGAAACUCGUGGUGCCAAGUGGUGCGCCACACCGUGAUGUUUCCAAGACGGAAUGCCACGUUUGCCUUCAUAGGAAGAGAAAUAUAUCCUCUGAAAUGGUCCAUCUUUCCUUUCUAUCGAUCUCCAGGCAGUCACCAAGGAGUUUUGACCGACAAAAAAAAAAAAGCCAGGAGCAAUGGGAUGAGAC